AUGUCCAGCAAGCCGUCCCCAGCGCCGUCGACCUCGUUCGCUGCCUCCCGUCUGAACCGGACCACCUUUCUCAUCCAGGAAGAUGACAGCUUCGACGAGCAUCCCUUCGUCUACGCCAAGCUGCACCCGCGCCUGCCCCUCCUGAUCCUGUCCGAUACGGGCUGCAACUCGCCGCGCGACUCGACCGUGCAGCUCUCCAAGCUGCGCACCUUCCUGGAGGAGUUCCCCGUCGCCGCCAACGACGCCCGCCCGCUGAAUCCGCGCGAUCAGUAUGGCCAUCCGGAGCGCCAGUACAUGGUGCUGGUGACGCAUUGCCACUACGACCACAUCGGCGGCAUCGAACAGUUCCCCACCAUUCCCCUCUCCGAGUCGCUGGCCUUGGCCCGGACCAUGCGGGGCUCCGACGCCGCCUCCAAGCCGCUGGCCGCAUGCACCGUCGUCGCCUCGAGCCAUUGCGAGUCCUUCGUCACCCAGCACCUGGACGAGCACUCGCUGUGCAGCUUCUACGGGCUCAAGGCGCCCAAGUACCGCGUCUCGCGCUGGGCCAGGGACGGCGAGGCGCUGAUGCACGACGGCCAGAAGGUCGACGUGACGGUGCUGCACACGCCCGGCCACACGCCCGACGAGUUGGCCUGGUACGACCACGACGAGCGCUAUCUCUACGUCGGCGACUCGUUCUACGAGCGCGGGCCCGACGGCAUGGCCAUCGUCUUCCCCAAGGAGGGCGACUGGGCCGACUUCAUGGCCUCGCUGCGCAAGAUGCUGCGCUUCGUGCGCCGCGAGAACGAGUACAUGCUGGCCGACUCGCUCAACUACUACAACCACGACUUCUGCGGCGUCCAUCGCCGCGUCAAGCUGUGCUGCGGCCACUGUACCGUGCGUGCCGAGGCCGAGGAGAUGCUGGACGCUGUCCGCGACCUGUUCGAGCGCAUUCUAGCCGGCAAGGUGCCCGUCACGCGCUCCGACACUUACCGGGACGAGAUCUACGACACGUGGACGGACGGCGGCGACGAGGCGCGCUUCGCUGUACGCGCCCCACGACGGUUGGCCGAGGAGGCGCGGAAGCAGCUUGCCGACCGGGCCGUGUUGCGCUCUUUCUCUUGA